GAAGGAAUGUCGAUCUGGGUCUGAGUCACUUAGAAGUAAAAGGGUAUCUUCAGCACUGGACAGAGUGAUUGGCUAGGGGAGUGAAAGAGAGAGAAACACAGAGUGGGAGUGAUGGGUGGAGUGACUUCAUCCAUGGCGGCCAAGUUCGCGUUCUUCCCACCUAAUCCUCCUUCUUACAAGGUGGUAACAGACGAAGUCACUGGUCUCUUAAUCCUCAGUCCUUUCCCUCACCGUGAGAACGUCGAUGUUCUCAAAUUGCCCACUCGUCGGGGCACCGAGAUUGUAGCUAUCUACGUCCGACACCCCAUGGCGACCUCAACUCUUCUCUACUCUCACGGUAACGCCGCUGAUCUGGGCCAGAUGUAUGAGCUCUUUAUUGAAUUGAGCAUCCAUUUACGCGUCAAUCUCAUGGGGUACGACUAUUCUGGCUAUGGACAGUCAACUGGAAAGCCAAGUGAGCAGAACACUUAUGCGGAUAUUGAAGCUGCCUAUAAGUGUCUUGAAGAGAAUUAUGGAGCUAAGCAGGAGGAGAUAAUCCUUUAUGGUCAAUCCGUUGGAAGUGGCCCCACGUUGGAUCUCGCUGCUCGCUUGCCCCAAUUAAAAGCUGUUGUUCUGCAUAGUCCUAUACUCUCAGGCUUACGGGUCAUGUAUCCUGUGAAACGCACAUAUUGGUUUGACAUCUAUAAGAACAUUGACAAAAUCCCAUUGGUUAACUGUCCUGUUCUGAUUAUUCAUGGUACCUCUGAUGAAGUUGUUGAUUGUUCUCACGGUAAGCAGCUUUGGGAGCUGUGUAAGGAAAAGUAUGAACCAUUAUGGCUCAAAGGUGGAAAUCAUUGUGAUUUAGAGCUUUAUCCAGAAUAUAUUAGGCACCUCAAGAAAUUCAUAUCCACAAUUGAGAAAUCACCUUCUGAACGGUAUAGUUCAAGGAGGAGCACAGACAGGUUUGAACAAUCCCGGCGAAGCACUGAUUGUUUUGAGCCUUCGAGGAAGAGCACUGAUAGAAGAGAAAAACCAAGGCAGAGCACUGAUAGAGCUGAAAAAUUGAAAAGCCACGAGUACAAAUCUAAUAAUAUUGACAGGCUCGAAAAGUUAAGAAUCUCUUUUGAUCAAAUGGAUAGGUCUAGGAGAAGUGUAGACUGUCUUGAGAAGUCUCGAAAAAGCGUCGACUUACAGCUGGAGAGAGCAAGGAAAAGCGUUGAUCGGUUGGAUAGAAUACGUACAUGAGGUGGUUGUGGAAAAAUUAUUGGGGCAUUUUUAUUUAUCGUUUCCGGUUGUGGUGUUUGCUUGUAUUGACUGUGGCUCCAAAUGAGAAGCCCUUGUUAUUGUGUCAUUCUUUGUCUUUGAUCCUGACUCUGGUCGGGUGUUAUAACUGACAAUUUUCCUCAGUGAAAGAAAGAAAUUUCUAGUGAUUA